AUGUUCGCAAACCUCAUACUCUUGUCGGUGCUCGCUGUCAGUGCGCUGUGUCGAGCAGCACCGGCACUUGAGCAGCGUGCAACUCCUGCGCCUUAUUCCACCUUCACCCAGAAUCCGGUGUAUCUUCCGCUCGAGGAAGCGCCUCUGUGGCGAGUGGCCUACGCCCGCGCCAUCCAGGUCCAAGAUGGCAGUUUGCUGAUGACAUGGGAGGAUUACCCCUACGGCGAGGACUCGACCAACCUUGACACUUUCAAGAUCCUUCGAUCCGUGGAUGGUGGCGCGAGCUGGUCCAACCUGUCCCAGGUCGGCGAUACGGAGAAUGGAUGGGGCCUGCGUUUCCAGCCACAUAUGCACAUCUUGGAAAAUGACUUCGGUCAAUACCCUGCUGGAACCUUGCUAAUCGCCGGCGUUUCGACACCAUUGAGCCUUACCGGUGGAGUCUACAUCGAUCUGUAUACUUCCAGCGACAGCGGCCAGUCGUGGACAUUCGCCAGCCACGUCGCGUAUGGCGCCGGACCCGAGACUACAACGACAGGAGACAAAGCCAUCUGGGAACCCUUCUUUCUGGAAUACAAUGGCGAGCUGAUUGUGUACUUCAGCGACCAGCGCGAUCCUGCCCACUCUCAGAAGCUCUCCCUGACAAGCACCACGGACUUGCUCGCCUGGUCUGACCCCGUCGAUGUGGUUGCCUACCCCGAUGCCAAUGCACGUCCGGGUAUGUGCGUGAUCUCAUACCUCCCGACUACUGCUCAGUACAUGCUAUCCUACGAGUACUGCAACUCUCCCACCGGCGACGGCUGUCCUAUCCACUAUCGCCUUGCUUCCAGUCCAACCGAGUUUCUCGACGCGACUGACCAAACCCUAACCUCGGAAUCCAGCCAGACGCCCAGUGGCUCGCCCUACAUCGUUUGGUACGGAUACCCAGGCUCGUCUGCAGGCGGCGCGGUGAUCCUGUCCGCCGGCUCAGAGACAGAUCUCUUCGUAUCGAAAGACAACGCCAAAACGUGGACUACGAUCGAUGUGGACCAGUAUACCGGCCAAUCUCGCCAUCUCUUGCUGUUUGAUGAUAACGGGGAAGAGCGUUUGCACCUUGCUUCAGCUGGGUUCUAUGGCUGUUCGGGCUCCUGUUACAACUACGUUGCGAAUGGUGUUACGGAUCUUAGUGUCUUUUUGUAA